GUAGAGUCAGCUAGUCUUAAAAGAAACAUUAUUUUUCACACAAAACAGUUAGAAUGCACGCUUGAGCGGUUUUGCCGAAUACAUAUGUUAUAACAUGAUAAUUAAGUGAAUUGUUUGACCGGUUGUUCUAUUUACCAAUUCGUUCAGCAUUGAAGCCGAGAUGAUUGAGAGAGAUCAUCAGAGAAACCGUAUUAGCAUAACCUUCGGCAUAAAAAUUCAAUGAUUAUUAAAAUAACAAAGUCGGAAUUAUGUCUUGAAGAGUUAUUUCAAAAGUUCAGUUCGCUGCCAUAUUACUCAACGAAGCAUACUAACUACCUCUGUUACUUACUGCAGAUACAGGAGAACGAUUUCUUAAAAUAAAUACAAAAGAAACAUGACAAUUAUGCUGCAAUUUUGAAGGAUCCAUCAUUUUCUGGAUUACUUAGCGUAAUUAUUAGUAUGUUAUUAUUUUUGGAUUGAUGAAUUGAAUUACUGCAAUUACUUAGUUUUUGGAUGAGGGUUUGCGCGCGGAAUGCGAGUCAGAUCUCCGUGUGCAGCCAAUAUUGUGUGGAUUGUUAGCAUAACAGCCUGCGUGUGGCUGCAGUAUAGCUUUGUGCACACGCUAAAACACUUCGAACAGCACCAUGAAAAACAGAAGUUGUUCGAGUCGAACGCCGAACAUGAUUCUAUACCUAACAACAGAACUUAUGAAUUGCUACUACAAACAAACGCAGAUGUUAGUAUUAAACAAAAACGUUCUAUUUUAACUGUACAAGAUAGCGCUCCUGUUCACACGAAGGACUUUAGGCAAGUGCAACCAUCUCGUAAACAUGAACACACAGAAUUACACCCACACUCUCAAAUGAUUAAAAACAAUAAAAACUCAACUUCUCCUACUAAUCGUAGAAAACGUAAAGCUGAUCCGCAGAUGCCAUAUUCUCGAAAUGCAGCUCAGAUGCCGUAUUCUCGAAAUGGACCUUUACCAGAAACUUUUAACAGAGGCCUUCAUGCACGUACACAGUUUAAUAGACCGUCGUUUCAUGUACCGGCAAUACUCUCGCGACGCGACCAUAUUUCUCCGUUCGAAGGAGAGAGAGUAGGUGAAAGAAGGGUAGGGCAGAGCGCCUUGAGGCAAAGACUGCUAGAUGCUUUAGCAAGAAGGAUACAGGAGCGCAAUAUGAUUAUGCACGACCCUGGUUUACUUAGGGAAAGGGCUAUGUUAGACAGUCCGGAACUAUUUGGUAGGCCUAGCAGUGAAGAUUCAUUGCUUAGGCCGCGUAGUCCGUUACUUCUUGAUCAAGAACGAAUGCAUCCGUAUCCGUUAGAGAGCAGGUUAAAUGAACCCAGAUACGCAAUUCCAUUUGCUGAACGAUUGUCAACUAUACACAGACCACACCCAAUUCUAGAUCCAAGUUUAUUAUCCGGAGUGUUGUCGAAUGAGGAAGCUUCUAUACUGCCCAGCCGCCGAAUGUUUACAGCAAAUGUCGGUAACCUGGGUGAUGAGACUCUUCCUUAUGGAUCUCUUGGUGAGUCAAAAGCUCCAGAGUAUAUUCCAGUUGGUCGUGUUGGUAGUUUACAGAAUGAAGAUUCGAUGUUUACACAACCGAAUCAAGACAUGCAAAAUGAAGAAUUGACAGAAUUUGUACCUGCCAUUCGUCCACUGAGAAAACAAAAGAAGACUUGGGUGACAGAUGUCAAUGUAUACAGCAAGAAGAAGAAAGAUGAUGACGUCAAUUCGUUGUUGAAUGAUGAUGAUAAUGAUCCUUUAGAUGAAUUUGAUCCGUGCGAUAGACAACCGUGCCAUAAUGGCGGUUUGUGUAAAGUUGUUGGGAACACUGAGUAUUUGUGUAUAUGUCCACGAACGUUUAAAGGAAAACGAUGUGAAAUACGAAAUCGUUGCCAUCCGAAUCCAUGUAUGCAUGGCUCUAAAUGUACGGAAACGAACACAGGAUUCCAAUGUUCUUGCGCAGUUGGGUUUAAAGGCAGGCGAUGUAGAGCACGCAAUUUUUGCUUACCAAACCCUUGUAUGAACGAUGCUGUAUGCACGGAAUCAUCUUCCACAGACGGUUUCUCUUGCGCAUGUAGAGAGAGCUGGUAUGGGAAAAUAUGCGACCAGAAGAGAACAGCGUGCACACCGAGUCCUUGUCGUAACCAUGGUCACUGUUUCACUGAUGGUACUGAUGCGUUUGAAUGUGUAUGUCAAACUGGAACUUCUGGAAAGUUAUGCGAAGAAGGCAAACUUGAAGAUCCUAGUCUGCAAAGCAUUGCUCACAUGUUCCACGUGGGUGAAAAAGACACAGCCGCUGUUCAAAAGAGCGCCAUUUCAACUCCUCCAUCGUCUGCUACAUCGAGACCAUUCGCUUGUGAAGCGAAUCCAUGCCGAAAUGGUGGAAUUUGCAGAACAGAUGUCACAAGUCCAAGGGGAUACCAAUGCCAGUGUUCCGAAGAUUAUAACGGGGUCAUAUGUGAAGAGAAAAAAUGUCAAUGCCAAAAUGGAGGUACAUGUAUUGGCGAAGGUGUCGAAGUGAAGUGUAUCUGUCGGCCAGGUUAUGGUGGCAGAACGUGUCAAGAACACACGCAAUGUAAUGAAGACACUUGCUUGCAUGGUGGUAUAUGCAUCGAAGAAGUUGGAGGCUUCCAUUGUAAAUGUGACAAUGGUUACAAAGGACAACGUUGCGAAGAGUACGACAAGUGCAGACCAAACCCAUGUUUGCACGGUGGAAAGUGUAAGGAUUAUGGUGAUUUUUACAAGUGCGAAUGUAAACGCGGUUUUAAAGGAAAACAAUGCGAAGAUCUUGACUUGUGCCAGCCUAAUCCUUGUCACAAUGGUGGUCAAUGUUUUGGAUAUCCAGGUGGCUUUCAGUGUGAAUGUCUACCGGGUUAUAGCGGUAAAGCAUGCGACGAUCGAAUUCACUGUUUGUCUAAUCCUUGCUCAAACGGAGCUGAAUGUAUUGAAGUACCUGCAACGUCUGAAAAACCGGAAGGAACUUAUAAAUGUGGAUGUAAAGGGGGGUUCAUGGGAGAGUCUUGCGAAGAGAAAGAUUUUUGUCACAGUAGUCCUUGUCAUAACAGUGGCUCAUGUGUCAAUACCAAAGAUGGAUUUCUAUGUUCGUGCUUAGAAAGAAAUUAUGGAAAACAAUGUGAACAUAUAAAUCAUUGCUAUGGCACGCCAUGUAAGAACAAUGGCAAAUGUAUUUCCAGUAUACAUGAUUUCAAAUGUGAAUGCAAUGUUGGUUUUAAAGGACCAACGUGUCAAGAUGUGGAUUAUUGUCAGCCGAACCCUUGCAAAAAUAAUGGCUACUGCACAUCAAAUCCUGCAGGGAAUGGUUUUAUCUGCCAGUGUACUGAAGGUCAUCGUGGACUUACUUGCUCAGAUCUUGACCCAUGUUAUCCCAACCCGUGCACGCAUGGUGAUUGUAAAGAAAUAGCUGGUGGAUAUAUAUGCAAUUGUACUACAGGAUUUAAAGGGCCUAAAUGUUCAGAAAUCAACCGAUGUGAACCUAAUCCUUGCUUUCAUGGCGGCACGUGUGAACAGAUCAAUGGAGGUGUUGGAUAUGUUUGUCAAUGCCAACCAGGCUACAAAGGAGAAAUGUGUGAACGAAAAGACCUGUGUCAUCCUAAUCCUUGCCAUCACAACGGAGAAUGCUCAGACGGUCUACCUCCAGCAUUCAGCGAACACAACAAGUACAGUGUCCAGGCUAAUAAACGCCAGCUUGGAGCUAUUCAUUGCACGUGUGCUAAGGGAUUUAAAGGAGAGCGAUGUGAUGAAAUUGAUCCAUGUUAUCCAAAUCCGUGCGAGCACGAUUCAACGUGCAUUGCAAACGCGCAUGCGCCGAUUAAAUGUAAUUGUUCGAUUGGUUGGAAAGGCGAACACUGCGCAGCUGUUGAUUUAUGUUCUCCUGAUCCAUGUCGAUAUGGCACUCACUGUAUUCAAACAGAUGAAGAAAGCUAUCAAUGUGUUAAAAACUUGUGCGCGCCAAAUCCUUGCUCUAAUGGUGGGAAAUGCAUUGUGGUAAAUGAUGAAGGGUACGAGUGCGCAUGCUUGAGAGGAUGGAGAGGCAAGAACUGCGAAUCACAAGACAUCUGUGUGCCCAACCCAUGUAUUAAUGGUGGUGUAUGUCACGUGAUGGAAGAUGGAAGUUACACGUGCGAAUGUCCUACACAUUUUGCUGGCAAUAAAUGUCAAAUUCAAGAAAAGGUGGAAAAAGAGAAAGAUUUAUGUGCGGCAUAUCCAUGCAAGAACGGCGGUACAUGCAUCGGCACAGAAGGUGGUUUCACCUGUAGAUGUAACAAUGGCUUUUCUGGUCCAUUUUGUGAAGAUAGCGUAUGUCAUCCUAACCCUUGCGAAAACGCGGGCACGUGUGUGCCUUACUAUGGAAUUGCAUUGUGUAAAUGUGCCCAAGACUACACAGGUGCCCACUGUUCAGAAUUGAAAAAACCGAGAACUGUCCAACAUUCAGACAUUGACAAGGCUAAGACUUUGACUGUCGACACUAAUGGUGUGGCUAAAUCACUGACACCACACGUGACCGAAAUACUGCAACAUUCCGGUGCCAACUCGCCGUUACUCGUUGAGCGAGUUGAAGAGAUACUUAACUCCGACAAAGACGAAUCUCAAAGCAGCAACAGUAAGAAAAAGACUGGUCUUCCACAACAGAUGGUAGCAGCUCCUGUGGCGAAACUACCUGCGCAACCAACAACAAAACAAGAGCUUCAUCAUCAACCAUCGGCGCCACAACCACCUUCAUCACAACCAAAGGUACCAUCUAGACCACCUUCAUUGCCGCCUUCAAAGACGCAAUCAGCGCCAUCCUCGUCACCACCCUCACAACCACCGACAUCGCAUGUUGCAUAUCCAUCCAUGGUGCAGAAACCGCAACUGCCAACUUUGGAAGAGAUAGCAACCCCAAAUGGUCCAAUAUAUCGAGCUGUGGUUGUGAUCAAUACAAAAGAUCCUUGUCAACCGAAUAUCUGCUUACAUGGUGGUAUCUGCGUUGUGAGAAGUAAUGGAGAACCAGAAUGCAUUUGUCCUGAUGGAUUUUCGGGACCGUUAUGCAAACAAAUUGGUGUGCUUGGAUAUUCAUCAGCACCCAAGUUCUUUCCACAUGACGAAUGCAAACAUUGUGACAAGAAUUCAAUUUGCGUCAAUGGACAUUGCAUUUGCCAACAAAAUUAUGUUGGAGAUGGCCUCGAAUGCACACGCAAAACACAAACUGAUGUUGAUUGGAAAUGCGAUCCUAGCCCAUGUCAAAAUGGUGGCACGUGUAAGCCAGGUCGUGCUAAAUGUGUUUGUAGGCUGGGUUACAUUGGCACGUUUUGUGAGAAUUACUGUCCACCAGUGGUCCAUUUAAGUUUCGAUACGAUGAAAGGAAAUUAUGUUAAAGACGAAUCUGGCAACAAUAAUAAUGCAGUGAUGAAGAACGGCGCGGAAAUCAUCUACGAAGGAGGGAAAUGUGAUUCUGCUGCUUCUUUGUUAGGUGGUGAUAUCCUCCUCGAUGGUGCAAACUUCUCACCAAAACCACGUGAUUCCAUCACAAUGGCAGUGUGGGUGAAACUGGAAACUAAUCGUGGCAUCCAAUCUGUUUUUGACACAGUUGGUGGUGCAAUGUCAAAUCAUAGAGAAGGACAAUAUCAUCUUGAAAUUGACAACGGAAGGAUACGUUGGUUCCACCGAAAUGAACGUCGAGUAACGAUAUUUAGCGUGUUGUCAGAACCACUGAUAACAGAAGGAAACUGGACGCAUAUCACAGGAACAUACAGCGGAUUGCAACGAGAAGCAAAGCUAUUUGUUAAUGGUGAUUUGGUUGGUACUGAUUCCAAUACAAGUUCCACCAUUUAUUUAUCGCAAGAUUGGGAAGUCAAAGCUGGCAUAGGCAAGCACGAGCACAAGUUUGGAAAUAGAUUGCUUCGUGGUAUGGUGGAUGAAUUUUUCAUAUUUGCUUGUUCUUUGCCAAGACUUGAAAUUCUUGUUUUGAUGCACCACUGCAAAAUCUAUUGGAAAAAAGAUCCACACAACAAAUCUCCUUCAAGCAAACACGAAGUCACAGGUGUUACCAACGCUGCUUCGUUGCUUGUUAAAGAGACAUCUUCGGCGCAAAAAGACCCUGGUCGUUUCCAAAAUUACAUGGGUUAUACGAGUAAAGAAAAACCGCAACGUGUAGUUACUGAGCCUGGGCAAGCCUUGGCCUUUACAAACAAGCCGGUAGCAGAACAAGUAACGGUACCAGGUAGCCAGAGGUAUAGAAUAGCAAGGCCUCCUCAAGGAAACCAGUGGCUACUUCCAGCUCGUAACCAAGUACCUAGCAGACACAUAAAUGAGGAUCCGAGAGUAUUGUACGGUGAGGUCCGUGAAUUUCUAAAUCACGACCGGUAUUUUAACGGCGAUAAGAGAACGGGUGUUCUUCAACCCAACGAAAUUGAAGAUCUGGAGAAAAAACUAAACAUUAAGCUUAAACCUUACGUACGAGCCAGAUUCCAUCAUGCGCCAGUCAUCCGCAACGAAAACAAGGAGCUUCCGUUUGGACCGCAUGCGUAUUUAAAUUACCCUAAAACUCAAUUCGGUGGUCAACCAAUGCUGCCAAGUGUGGCAAAAUCAACGUUUCCAGGACCACCAAUACCGCCUUUAGCAUUGUUCAAACACGGUUCAGUUCCUUCUUUCCGCGAGAAAGUACAUAAAGCUGUUAAAGUGUCUGGACCAUCUGCCUUUCUCGUAGAUCAGAAUAUUGGUUUUAAGAAAUCUCCAGUACCAAAAUUUGUCCCACAAGGUCCGUUUCCUAAUCCUAAUGCAAAUCCAUAUCACAGAAACCCUGCUGCAGCAGACCCAAGAUGGUUCACUUGGACGAAGGGUCUUGCGUCUACUGCUGGCGGAACACAUAGCAACACACAUUCCAACACUCUUCAACGGAAUGAUCCUGGAACUGCAAACGCUGAUACUCAUGUACAAUCAUCGCAAAACGCCGGAGGGAAAACGAACGUGAAGCAGAUGUAUAACCUGCCUGCUCAAUACUCCACUCUUUAUCAAAACCAGUUUCCACAAAAUGCUCCAGCUCAAACUAAACAAGUCCAUACUGAAAAUCAUAACCACCAAUGGGGAUUUGGUAAUGGCAAUGGAAACGGUAAUGGUGUUGGCACACCCGGUGGGAGUGGCUCUGGCGGUGGAUGGGGGUCUGGUGGGCCCUUAAGUCAAAAAAUAAACCUACCUGGAUGGGAUGGCAAUCCCCCUGAUGGACCUCCUUGGGGUGAUAAAGCGGAAGAAGCAAGAGCCAAACAGCAGCAGCAGCAACAACAACAACAACAACAGAAGAGUUUUGUUGCCAUUAAUAAUCCACCAGCAGCAGUGCCUACAUUCCCUGCAAAUGCAAGAGAGCUAUGGAAUCGUUACAUUGCUCAAAAGAAGCAGUCCACGUCUGAAAUGCACACAGAUGCCACUAACAUAGCGUCGUCGGGAGUCAAGAUUAAUCCGGCAAAUGGACAGCACGUGGGUGUGCAAAACCACCAGUGGGGAUACGGCAAUGGGAAUGGUGAUGCAAAUGGACAUGGAGAAGGGGGAGGUACAGGUGAUGCUGGAGGCUGGGGAGCUGGAGGUCCCGUGAAGCAGAAUACGUGGCUGCCUGGGCAACAGCAACAACCGAAGAAUUUUAUCCACAGUCCCUCUUUGCAGUCGGCGCUUGGCCAAAGUUUAAAAGUUCCAUGGUUACCAAAAGGUGGAUCUAAUCAAGAAAAACAACAAGCCUCGAUUUCAUAUUCAACUCCUCCAUCAGUCAACGAAUACGAUAGAAGAUCCCAAAUUACUUCUCUGCAAAGUUUACCUCCACAAGCCAGUGCCCCUACACCAACUUUCCUUGAUACGAGAGGAAGCAUUACAGGUGCAACAAGGCAAGAUACCACAAAUCUUCAAAAUGCAGGUCAAUAUUACUACCAAUCUAAUGUGGCAGGUGGCCAGCAACAAGGCGACGCCGGAGCACAAAUUACUAAAUCCAAAUCCACUGCGUAUGAUUUAAAUACAAAGGUACUAUAUCCAAAGGAAAACGUACAAAGGAUUGGAUAUAAUUCCCCUAACAACCAAGGUUUAAACGUGCAGCAGAAUCCGAAAUCUUUUAUACCAAGCGAAUUAAAUUAUCCUGUUGCGAAGAACAAUGAAAUGGGUAAACUAGUACCUAGGACUCAAAUACCAAACGCAGGUUUGCCUCAAAAAUAUAACCAGUAUUUUUCAACCACCAAAAAAGAAGAGUCGCAAAUUCCUUCUUUGUCUUUGACGCAACUCCAACCAAUACGAGAUAUCAAAGCACAAGCAGUUGAGCCAGUACGAACCAUACAGGCUCAGGUUGCGCCUGCUGUGCAAAAUGCACAUUUUAUACGAAAUAAAAAAGCAAAAGUUGAACUCAGUGAAGCCGAGAGACGGGAAAUCAUCUCUCAAGCUAUAACAGACGCCAUGAAUGGCCUGAAAAAAAAGAAGAAGAAAAAGAAGAAAAAACGCAGCAUGAAAGAAAAGCGCUCUGUGUAAUAACAGCCUAAUAUAUUGGUGUAAACUUCGUACUUUAGUUACCGUAUACAUAAAGUAUUAUGUACACUUAGAGCAAACAAAACAACUAUAUUAAACUCUUUUUAAUAACAUGUUGCUAUUAGCAUCUGAAUGCUUCAGCUUUAGAACUUUGAUAAAUCUGUUUUCUAAUUUUCUCUGACUUUAAUGUUACUUAACAAACGCAUUUAUACCUCGAUCGUUUAAUCAAACGAUCACGUGAUCAAAAUCAAUGAAGCCUUAGUAAAUAACUCUUUUCGAAACAAAGGAGGUCGAAGAAAACAUAAACUAAUCACGUGAUCGUUGAUUACGUUACGGACCAAUCAUAGCUAAUUAUUUGUAAUGUUUAUAUUGUUUUUUUAUUAGACAAGUAUGUAACGCAUAAAUGUAUAGUCGUUAACGCAUGCGCAGUUUAUAUGUAAAUAUUCCGAUGACGUUCAUAUAAAAACACAUAUACACCAUAUCUUUGGUUAGCUGUGAGGCUAGCUGUCUUAAAAAUAAAAGAAGCCAUUUUUUUUACUCUAAUUUUAGAAAAAAACUGGUCGUUUAGAAUAAAUAAAUAAUAAAUAAAAUAAAUAGGGUACCACAAAAGCGGAAAGUAAUGCUUGAGAAAGAAAAUGUUUUUAACUUUUGCGUAUUUAUUAUCCAGUGAUGUUCUCAAUUGUCAAGGCGCCAUCUUUAAAUUAUUCUGCAGUAGGACACCAAAUUUUAAUCCUUAAACUUCAUGCAAUUCUUGUCCGCAUUGCUUUCCGCGUUUGAGGCAAUCUUCUUAUGCUAUGCAUAGGGGAGAGGUCUUUUUUUCAAAAUGUGAAAAGCAACGUAAAUUUACUAUCCAGAGUUAACCGUGAUCUUUUUUAACACCAAUUCAUAGAAUUCUUUUAUGCAUGUUAGGUCAUCACGUGAUGUGUAGAUUGAAUUCAGACGGAAUACGUUUUUUGUUCGUUCGUACAUUUUGUUUGCUUAGCAUAAGAGCUUAGUGGACUCGCAAAAAAUAGAGCAAUUUUUAUGUUCUUUUUCACGCACUUGAAUAAUUUUUUAAAAAUAUAUAUAUGAUAUUUACAUAUUAUUAGUCGUGUCUAGCCAAUCAACGGCUACGUUGUUGUCAUGGUGAUAUGUAAUUACUUUUCUUAUUGAAAGACAUUGUUUUAAUAUA